AUGCUUGCACGAAAUCUCACGGCCGCGUUCUCUGAACAACUUCGUGCCGUCAUAAACAAUACCCCUACUCAGCAACGAGUACUGGAAGAUAUGGCUGCACAGAUAAAAAACCUGGAGGAACGAAUCGAGCCCCAUCCUGAGAUACCAAAAUCCCAUGAAUCUCAAGAAGGGAACUCGAGGACUUCCCACUCAAGCAGACGCAACAAGAACAGGCGGGAAAGGUCCAAGACUUAUCCACACCCUGGCACCACAGAUACACGAGAUGGCGACUCCAAAACCGCCACUCCAGAUGCUCGAACUUUCCUAGAGAGCAAAAAACGAAAAACGUCCGAGAGCGUCCAGUCCCUGUCAGAUAAAAGAAAGGAGGAAAGAAAGAAGGCGGAACUCGCUGGUUCUAGCCGCCCCCUCAUUUCCGCCACCAUGCCGCGGAAUGAGGCCACCAAGAGUGUCCUCCCCGAAGAACCCAUAUCAUUAGUCUCCCCCCUGGCCAUGGAGAUACUAAAUACACCCAAUCCCGGGAAAAUAAAGGUACCAAACAUGGCUGCUUUCGAUGGCACGUCAUGCCCACAGGAGCACAUGACGGCGUAUAAGAAUCUUAUGCUGUUAUACACCACCAACUCAUCGUUAUGGUGUAAGUUCUUUCCAACUACUCUUACAAGAGUAGCUUUGACAUGGUACACCUCCCUUCCCGGAGGAAGCAUCCACAAGUUUGCCCAACUAGAGGACAAGUUCUUGGGUCAUUUUGUAGCCUCAAAAAGGCAGGAGAAAUCAAACUUCCACCUGCUUAGUGUCACUCAGUUGGAAGGAGAAUCCAUAUCCUCUUAUCUCAAGAAAUUCCAUGAGGCAGUGCUGGAAGUAACUGAUUUGGAGGAUCAAGUAAAAACGUAUGCAGAGGCCAUGAAACAAUGCCAAAGCUACGUCACGGCCUCGGAGAUAUGUCAGGCCCAUGACCCGAAACGGCGUAAAUCCGAAAAGAAGGAAGCCGGAUCCUCUCUUCAAUCCUCACGACGUAGAGAGGAACAUUCUCCAAGGGGGAAGAAUUACAUGCCGCGUCGUCCUGGCCCACCAUCUGAUAUGGGACCUCCACGAGCCAGACAGGUAUAUGUAGCAGGAGGGGAGACUAGGACGCGGAAUCUGGGGGAUGGAGGCAACGACCCAAUGUUCAAUCGAAACAGGAGGGACAUUUUCUUCGCUGUUCGAGAUCAAUUGCCGGCUCCACCUCCUGUUACCACCCCCUCUGAUAGGCGCAACUAUAAUCUGUGGUGUGACUACCACAAAGAACACGGCCAUACUCUGGCACAAUGCCGCGAACUAAAGCGCAUCUUGCAUCAGUUGGCCGACGAGGGAAAACUGUCCAGGUUCAUCAACAGGAGAGAUUAUGAUGCUGGAAGAGAAGGAGAAAGGAGGCCAUGGCAACAAAAACGCCGAUCCCCCAAGAGGAACGAAGCCAGACGCGAAAGUUCCGACACCCAAGGAACUAUCAACAUAAUUUUUGGGGGAUACACUGAGGAAUAUCCCACUAUCCGCGCGGCAAAAAACAGCGUCCACACUUUGCUGAAAGGACCUCCCAUGGCCGCAUCUAAAGGACCGGUCAUGAAGUUCGAUGCCACGACUUCCCAGCCGCUGCAACAACCCCAUACCGACCCCCUGAUACGGGAAGCACGGCUGAUCUUAUUACAAUGGAAUGCUUGA